CUGGGCAAUCCAUAGCGCGGACUUGGGAAUGAUUAUAGUCUAAUGGAGGUACGGAUUCGGUGAUGCUUUAUCCAGCCGAGUUGGACGCAAAGGACGAUGAUUUUACCCUGCUUUUUUGUUUUUUCACUGAAAUCCCUCGGAUUCAGACGCGCGUAAACGAUAUAAGGACGCUUUAAAACGCGUGUGAUGAGACAAAGGAACAAAGGAUGCCUUAGAGGAGAGGUUGCCUAUAUGCCUGGAAACCUCUUCAAAGCACACCACCAAAUGGAUAUAACGCCUCCCCCUGCCACCUCUAGAUCAUGAUACUUGGCUGAAGCUAUUCCACUAUCUUUAUGAUCCCUCCUCCAUCUAUGGCGAACUAUAGCCAUGCAGGGGACCACACCAUCUUGCAGAAUGUCUCUCCUCUCGCCACGUUCCUCAAACUGACCUCUCUGGGUUUCAUCAUUGGAGUCGGUGUGGUUGGAAACCUCCUGAUCUCCAUCCUGCUGGUCAAAGACAAGAGCCUGCAUCGGGCGCCCUACUAUUUCCUGCUGGACCUGUGCGCCUCUGACAUCCUGCGCUCCGCCAUCUGCUUCCCCUUUGUCUUCACCUCGGUCAAGAAUGGAUCGGCCUGGACCUACGGCACGCUGACCUGCAAAGUGAUCGCCUUCCUGGGUGUCCUCUCCUGUUUCCACACGGCGUUUAUGCUCUUCUGUGUCAGCGUCACACGCUACCUUGCCAUCGCGCACCACCGUUUCUACACCAAGAGGCUGACCUUCUGGACCUGUCUGGCUGUCAUCUGCAUGGUGUGGACGUUGUCAGUGGCUAUGGCGUUCCCGCCGGUGCUAGACGUAGGGACAUACUCUUUUAUCCGGGAGGAGGACCAGUGCACGUUCCAGCACCGUUCCUUCAGGGCGAACGACUCGCUGGGCUUCAUGCUCCUGCUGGCGCUCAUCCUCCUGGCCACACAGCUGGUUUACCUCAAGCUCAUCUUCUUCGUGCAUGACCGUCGGAAGAUGAAGCCUGUCCAGUUCGUGCCUGCUGUCAGCCAGAACUGGACCUUCCACGGGCCUGGCGCCAGCGGGCAGGCGGCGGCCAACUGGCUGGCCGGAUUCGGUCGAGGCCCCACCCCCCCUACCCUGCUGGGCAUCCGGCAGAACAGCAACGCAGCAGGCCGCAGGCGUCUACUGGUAUUGGAUGAAUUCAAAACAGAGAAGAGGAUUAGUAGGAUGUUCUACAUCAUGACGUUUUUCUUCCUGGCACUGUGGGGACCCUAUCUGGUCGCCUGCUACUGGCGGGUGUUUGCGAGGGGCCCAGUGGUCCCUGGGGGCUACCUGACGGCGGCCGUGUGGAUGAGCUUCGCCCAGGCCGGGGUCAAUCCCUUCAUCUGCAUCUUCUCCAACAGGGAGCUCCGGCGCUGCUUCAGCACCACACUCCUUUACUGCAGAAAAUCCAGGUUACCAAGGGAACCCUACUGCGUUAUAUGAAGGUUUUGCUGUUUUUUUCUCAUCUUUGUCUCUAAUUCCCUGAUUGAUCUUGAUAUGGGCUUGUUCCCAUUGUACAGCGCACUCUCUCUUCUAUCUCUCUUCCCUUCAUCCUCCAGUUUUCCCUCCUGUCCCUCCUUCUCCUAACCCUUGUUUUCAGAGGUAGAAGGUUGGACUGUCAAUCACGAGGCUCUGCCAGGAUGAUUGAAUACGAUCAAACACGGAGGCUGGAGGUAGUGGGAAUACGCAGGAGGUCUGGAUCCCCCCUCCUGUGUUUAUGUUCUAGUAAACGGACAUUGUGGAAGGCCAUGCCAAUGCAGAGAUGCAAAAAGUUGAAAAAAAAGAAAAAAUAAUUGACAAAACACUCAAAACAAACCCUCUUGCUUUGGAUAUUUUGAAGAUUCUGUGAGGUGUGAAAUACGUAAAAAUGAAAAGAAAAAAGAACAAAAAACUAAGAUAUGAUACCUCUCGAGGAAUCACUGGAAAUGUUCUACAUUUUUAAGAGUUGCACUAAAAAGAAGAUGUAAAGAUGCUUUUUUUGGUCAACUGUUGCCGGUUGCAUUGCAAGGACAACUUUUCUCUUUUUUCCAAACGAGACAAUGAAUGCUUUAAUUUGCAACAGACUACACAACCGCUGUAAGUAAAGCAAAACUUGGUGACUGUUGGAAUACACCAUCACAAGAGGA